AUGACUCCAAGGCCAUUCAAGAGGAAGCCCGAGCCGGCAGCUGAACCAACGACUGAGUACCACAGGCCACCGGUCGUCAUUAACUUCGACGAGAGUAUUUCGGAAGAGGACAAAUCGGUCAUCCGCCGGAUUCGUCCAUCAGCAUUAUUGCGUAAAUUUAGGUUUAGGAAAAGACCCGAGCAGCAAGACGACUUCGAGUCAAACUCUCGCACAUGCGUUACCGCGCGGUCAACACAACCGCCACCGAGGACCGGCCAUUCGGAUUUCAAAAUAAUCGUCGCCCAAUGA